AUGCCCCGCAACCACGCCUCUGGACCCGCGACUUUUCGCAACCGCAAUCGCGUCACAAACAAGACCAGACUUCGCGUUAUCAAGGGCCCAGUCGAGGGUGACCCCCUCGCGUUCGACGAAGAUGAGGAGAAGGCCAGGGUCGUCUCCACCGCAGGCGUGGACGCAGAGGAUGCCAACGAACAUCACUUGCAGGCAGUGCUCACUGCAGCAUCUGUUCGGCACCAGCAGAACGUGCAGCGUGCAACAAGAGGCGCCGCGGACAAGACCGAGAAGCAGCCCGAGGCGUUCAUCCCCAUCCCGGACAAUGCCGGCGUCGUCGACGACUAUGACACGCUCUACCCGCCUAAUCGGUGGAUCGACCCGUCGACCUUCGUCAAGACGUCUACGACUAUCGAGGAGGCUGUCACGGGCGCACUCAAUGAUGGCUUCACGUACUACAUGGACGAGCGCGACAAGGAGUGGCUCGAUCGCAACAAUGAAGAAGCCCGCGGCGAAGGCACUAGCGCCCAGGGCGCCGUCUCUUCCUCAUCUGCUGGCUCCCGUACCUCUCGUAGUGCCAAAGCCAAGGGCAAAGAGCCCGAUGUCUCCCAGGCUGUCGCCAUGUCUGAGGACGAGUUUGAGCUCGUAAUGGGCAUCUUCGAGAAGGUCACGCAUGAGAAGACGCCGUUCUUGCAUCACGUGAAGGAUCCUGCGAACUAUCCGCCCUUCUCCGACUAUCAGGAUACCUUCUCUAGCCCGCUGCCCGCGGCUACCUUCGCAUCUUUUGUGGUUCCGACAUGGGUGCCACAAUCUUCUCAACUGCUCCGGUACGCCAAGGCCGUUUACUCCUAUUGGCGGGAACGGCGUAUCGAGCGCGAAGGGCAACGCAUCAUCCCUGUUCUGAACUACGACGAGUCGGAUGUUAAGAACGAGUCUUACGUCUGCUUUCGGCGCCGCGAUGCCAAGGCGAUGCGCAAGACGCGCGCAUCCCAAGCUUCAUCGUCAGAGAAGCUGCGGCGUCUGCAGCAGGAGCUUGAAAGCGCUCAUGAACUUGCGAGGAAUCUAUGUCAACGCGAGGCUCUCAAGCGCGAGAUCCUGCAAUGCAGCAAGGCCGUAUGGGAAGGCCGCGAGACGAUGGUUAGCCUCAAACGCAGGUUCCCGACCCUUGGGGUCAAAGAGGACGACGAGCUCCUUGUGGACAAAGAGCGUGCCCCCAAGAAACUGCGCCAGACAGAGUCUAAGAACAGAAUAUCCCUCAAGUUACCGAAGGAUAUGUCAGCGGCGGCUACUGCAGCUGAGGAGAGUGUCAUGCGGCCGAAGGAACGCCAGGCUAUGAUCCAGCGAACGAUCGAUUCCGAGCUUGCGAAGCAGAAGGCUAGGGACGUCAGCUGGGAGGAGUCAAUCGACAAUGCCUAUCUGCCACCACCGACAACGACAGGACAGCGCGCGUUCAAGUUCGUCAUGGAAGAACCUGGUGUCGCUCCGGAGGCGUCGAUGCCAUCGUAUCGCGCCACCCGCUCGCGCCGUGGUCGCGGUGGCAUCUUGCGCUUCGAUCGUCGCUCGCAUCGUACCAAACCUCUGGAAGAACAAGACUUUUUGGCUCGACCAAGAGAAGAGCCACAGGAGUUCACCAUCGACUUCAGCGAUACUGAUGAGAGAGCUGAGCGCGCGCGGCGCCUGCGUAGUCAGUGGCUAUUUGACGCUGAUGACGAGCCGGCUCUUGGCCCCGACGGCCAAGAUGAGCAGGAUCGCGUCCUAGUGGAUGAGUAUGGAGCGACGCACAUGCGCAAGUCCAUGACACUGCUCACGAAGGACGACAACGACACCUUGGUGACGAAUCCUACUAUCACCUGGAAGUCUGACGACGGCACUCGGCGCUCGGAAGUUCCCUUCGUCAUAGGCCAAAUCGUCCAGCAGGCGGCCCUGCAGGCACAAGCGCAGAAGCGAGCUCAGCUGCAGGCUCAACAAGCCGCCGCUGCUGCGCAACCGCAAGUCAACGGCGCUCCUCAACCAAACGGAGUACCUAUCGCGCAUCCGCAGGCUGCGCCGCCGGUGGUCACUGCUCAGACACCUAUACGGCGUAGCUCAUCGUCUAUCGGUGCGCCGGUACAACGGAUCUCGUCUGCCGCCACCAAUGGCACGAUGCGUCCACCCGCCACCCCGAAUACGUCUGCCAUCACCCUCGGUGCUCAGGGCUCCCCGCCCCGCCCCAGCGCCUCCCCCGCCAUCAACGGUGACCAUUCACCGCGGCCACCCUCUGCUGCCGCACAGGACGUCGCCAUGGCCCCUGCGCCGGUCGCUUCUCUGGAGGCUUCGCCGCCUAAGCCGUCAGCGAACCACCUCGCCAUCACGAUGCCCACGAAUAACUACCACCUGACAGGCGUCAAUGGUUACGGUGCCGCGAGCGUGCACGCACAACAAGCCGCCAACGCCAACCUACAGACCCUGCAUGCCCACAUGGCCGCUAGCAACCUCAACGUACCAGGUGUCGGCAGCAGACCGGCGGCGUACAUGGGUCAUGUUCCGUCAUCCGGGUACACCGUGCCCAGUAUGGCGCCAAAUAUGAACUUGAAGUUGCCGGCGAGCCGACAGAUGCAGUGGGCCGCGAGCCAGCCUGUUGGUAUGGGCGUUGGCGUCAAUGGUGUGAACAUCGCGAGGAGCGCGAGUGCGGGGAGUCCGCCGAGGCCCAGUCAGAGUCCCAGUUUGCAGCAUCAGGCUGUUGUCAAUGGGACGCAAGGGUACUAA